AACACUUUCCGUCCCCUAAUCCCAUUUCCCCACCCGUCUCCCUCCGCCUCCAGCCGCGGCUUCCUCUUCUUCGAGCUUUCUGUCGACCGGAGGUCGCAACUCUUCUCCGUUCUGCCGCUUUACUUUUUGGGAAAAGUCGCUGCGGUGUCACCUGAAAGCAGAAUGGUUGGUGAUAAUGCAGAGAUUAGUCAUGCUAAAAGUGCAAUCUUCAACAAAAUCCAUCAGAAAGAUUAUAGUGGUGCCAGGGCCCUUAUUCUUGAAGCCUUGAAAUCAUCCUUAUUGUUUGACCAUGCCUCAGAAUUGCUUGCGGUCUGUGAUAUUCUUUUCCAUGCUGAGACAGAGAGCUAUCUCCCACUUUAUGGCAUUGAUUGGUACCUGAUUUUACAGCUUGGCCCUUCUCCCGAGCCUUCUGAGAUACAUGCCCGCUAUUCAAUACUUGUAUCACAACUGAAUCGUGUUAAGAAUGAUUUGCCAGGUACAGAGUUGGCACUAAAUUUUGUGAAGGAGGCAUAUGCUGUGCUUUCAAAUCCUGUUAAACGAGCAGUCUUUGAUUCCAAACGAAGUGGUUCUCGUGCUGCUCCAUGCAGAUCAAACUCUCAGUUUAAGGCCAGUUACUUUAUGGAUGCUGGCCAUCCAGUGGUCAUUGAAAGCAAGGUUUCAGAAAAUACUUGGAGCAAAAAUGGUUCUUCUACAUUAACUAAUGAUGCUUCAGAAGAUGCCACUGAUUACCAACAAAAGAAAAAUUUGGUGCAUGUCUCAGGCUCUGUCAAAUUCCAAGAGAGUUCCAAUUUCGGUGAUGGUUUAUAUUUGAAAUUGCCAGAAGAAAAUGAAUCUUCUCAACCACAGUCAGAGACAAGGAAUAUGACUACUGAAAGUAAUUUAGAUUUUGGUGGUUCUUCCAAAAGUAAAAUGAGCACGCGAGAAUCUUCAGAAGACGAUGCUAAUCAGCAACGAAAGAAGGUUUGCAUUGAUGAAGCAAUCUGCAUCAAGGAAAAAUACAGUAUUUCUCAGUUCUCUAGUCCUACUAGGACUACAGAUUCCGGUGGGUCAAAUGCCAGUGUCCCACACUGCAAAUCCAAGUUGUCUGCUAAUGAUUUCAAAGUAGACCAAGUUUGGGCUGUAUAUGAUGAAAGGGAUGCUAUGCCUCGGUCAUAUGCCAAGGUAACAUAUAUCGUUUCACCAUGCACAAUGUGUGUGGCAUUCUUAGAACCAAAUCCAAUGCUUGAUGAAGAAAUUCGAUGGGUGGAAGAAAAUUUACCAUGUGCAUGUGGUAUUUUUCGAGUUGGCAGGGAGGCUCAUUUGGACAUUUCCAGGUUUUCUCAUCGUGUCAAUUUUGAUAUAAGCAAAAAGAAGUCCUUCUAUAGAAUUUUUCCCAAGGAAGGUGAGAUCUGGGCUUUGUAUAGAAACUGGAACAAGAGUUGGAGAAGCUCAGAUUUUCUCCAUUACAAAUGUCGAGUGGUGGAGAUACUUUCAGAUUUCUCUGAGAGUGGAAUUAGCAUACGAAGCUUAGUGGAGGUGGAUGGAUACAUGACCUUUUUCACCAAGCAGUUGGAUGAUGGUUUCCAAUUGACAAAGCAACUGAACAGAGUAGAAAUGCUCAGCUUUUCUCACAGAAUCCCUGCGUACAAUGUAGUCGAUAUUAAAAACAACGCGAUCCCACAAGGCUCAUGGCACCUUGAACCUGAUGCGCUCCCUCCUCGGUGGAGCAUCCCUGAUGCAGUCUGAACAGAAUUUCUGACAGUAGCGUAGCUAUAAGAUAUACUUAUCUAGCUUUCAAGCUAAGUCCCACUUUUUUUUUUGUUGAAACUGGUGCCGUUACGUACCAAUGUAUAGUCUUUUGUUUCCACAAAGCUUCUUGUUGUUCUUGAUCGCAACAUCUUCACUUGUCAAAAGCUUUGGCAGUGCAUCUGAGUUUUGUGAAUGUUACUGCUGUGUUAUUGUCCAAACAGUAUAUCACCUGUGGUAUCCAUUAAGAAUAUGAAUUUCUACAAAAGUUUACUUGGCAAUUCUUCACAUGGACAUCAAAAUUUGUACUCCAACUGAAAGGUAGUUUUUUUUUUUUACAGUAAUUCUUUCUCCCAAGUUUUAUUUGGGACUUGAGAAAGAAACAAGUGACAGUGAGGAACAAGGAGAGGAAAGCACAUAAAGGAAGCAUUAGCUUUUAUCAACAACAAAUCACCAACUUCCAUGUAGCCUUCUUUGGACUCCACUAUUGCUUUGGUGCUUUAUAGAGGUAUAUAUAUCAUGUUGUG